AUGGCAGCGACGGUCGACUCUGUCCCUGCUCUCGUCCAUGACGAGAAGGACGAGAAACACAGCUCGCGCGGCUCAUUUGCCGACGAGAAGGGUGUUUACCAACCGGAAAAGGUCAACCUCGACGAUGCUGAAGAGGUUGGAGACGUGUUCAACGAUGUCCGACUAAUCGACCUUGGUGAAGACGGUCACGAACGGCCCAUCGAGACUGACGCUGACUAUGCAACCCGUCUUGUGUCCCUCGAUGAUGACCCCACAAUACGAUGGUUUACUUUCCGCAUGUGGUUCCUUGGUCUCGGACUCAGUUGCUUCGCCGCUGUACUCGGCCAAAUAUUCUACUUCCGUCCCCAGACCAUCUCCGUGAGCCAGCUGUUCAUCCAAAUCAUCAGCUUCAUUCUCGGUCGUGCCUUGGAGUACAUCAUUCCCGGCCCUUCCGAGUUGGCUCUCAUCAAGACAUCCGACAACGCCUUUUGGCGGUUCAUGAACCAUGGGCACUUCAAUAUGAAAGAACACGUCGCUAUCACUAUCAUGUCCAGCACUGCUUCCUCUUCCGCUCUCGCAAUCUCUAUUUUUGCGUCGCAGGAACUCUAUUACUAUGUCGAGACCAACGUAGCAGUUGGCAUCUUCACCCUGAUUGCCUCCCAGCUUAUUGGCUAUGGCUUCGCAGGUCUAUUCCGUACUUUCCUGGUUUACCCGACCUUUGCUGUUUAUCCACAAGUCAUGCCUACAGUACAGCUAUUUGAGGCGCUCCACCGAGGAGACGGCAUGAUGGCCCAGUCGAAGCGGAAGAAGUUCUUCUGGUAUAUUUUCCUGGCAAUCUUCGUCUGGGAGUGGUUCCCCGAAUACAUUGCGCCGACUCUUACCGGCAUAUCCAUCUUCUGCCUCGCCAACCGCAAGAGCGCCUGGUUCACACGGAUCUUUGGUGGCGCCGCUGGUAACGAAGGUCUUGGUGCCUUCUCCCUCUGUUUGGAUUGGGCAUACAUCGGGUCUGGUGGUGGCUCUAUUGGCUCACUUUUUACACCACUUUCCACUCAAUUGUCGCUCUAUGGCGGGUGCGCCGUUUGUAUGAUUGCUUUCUGCGCCUGCUUCGCGCGAAACACGUGGAACACCCAGAACUUCCCCUUCCUGACCCAACUGCUCUUCUACGAAAACGGCACGGAGUACAACCAGCUUCUGAUUCUCAAUGAUGACUUCACUCUCAACGAGGACAAGCUUGCUGAGCAGGGCCUUCCGUGGUAUGCAGCCUCGCAACUGCUCUACAAGAUCUCCCGGACGGUAUAUAUCGGUGCCGCUAUCACUCAUUUCCUGCUCUGGCACUCCAAGACCGUCUACAAGCUCAUCCGUGGCGGCAAAGAGAGCAUCGACGACCCACACUACAAGAAGAUGCAGGUUUACAAAGAGAUCAACAACUGGUGGUACUUCGGCGUCUUCCUGAUUUGCCUCGGUAUUGGCAUUGGAACAACCUACGGGGCAAAAUCUCAGCUCCCUGCCUGGGCCACCCUUAUUGCCCUUCUGUUUGCAUGGCUAUUGGUCCCCGUCAUUGGCACUUUAUAUGCGACCGUCGGUUACGCUCCCUCCAUCGAGAACAUGAUCCAAAUGCUUGGCGGUGCGCUCGUGCCCGGGAAACCUGUUGCCAACAUGUAUUUCACCAUGUACGGCUACCAGCCCGUCGUUCAAGCUUACACAUUAUGUGGUGACCUGAAGAUUGGCCAAUACACCAAAUUGCCUCCUCGAGCUACAUUCACUGUGCAAACUGUUGGUGCCAUAGUCGGUGGCCUGCUCAACUUUAUCAUCAUGAAGGUGGUGAUCAGAUCCCACUUCGACCUCCUGCGCGAUGUCCAGGGGAGCAACAUCUGGUCGGGCCAGCAAGUACAGUCAUUCAACAGCGCGGCCAUCGCCUGGGGUGCUCUCGGCAAACCACUAUACGCAACCGGAACUCGCUAUGGCUUCGUGCCAUACAUGCUCCUUGUCGGUUUACUGUUCCCGAUUCCCUUCUGGCUGCUGCACAGGUGGUACCCCAAGGUCGGGUUCAACAACGUCUUCACGCCCAUCCUGACGGCGGAGCUGGGCUACCUAUCUGUCGGCAUCAACUCGAGCGUGUUCACCUCGUUCGUUCUUGCCCUCUUUUCGCAAUGGUACCUGCGCAAGUACCGCGCCACCUGGUUCCGCAAGUACAACUUCCUGUUGUCUGCUGCAUUGGACGGCGGCACCUCCGUCAUGAUUUUUGUCUUCACGUUCGCGGUUGGCGGUGCGGGCGGGAAGGUAAUCAACUUCCCCAAUUGGGCAUUGAAUCCAAAAGGAAACCCAGACUAUUGUCUGCGGCUGACAGACUGA